AUGAGUAAUACCAAUAAAGAUAAACCGACUUAUCCUCUGUUCUUCUUCCAAAUGACCCCAUGUGUUAUGAUCUGCACUUUAGUGUUUCUUAUUGUUGUUGCUAUCUUUUCGAUGUCAAUCUCUAUAUUGGUUCCAUCGCGAACUCGAGAAAGCUUUGCGUUUUAUAACCAAACGAUUGUGGCACAAAACAGACCCAACACAAUAGCAUUUCCAACUCUCAAAAUAGGACCAUUUCAAGUGAUUCAUCAAGAGUUGAGACUGUUUGUUCGUGCUGAAAGUAUUCAAGUAACAAAUGGUUCAGAUUAUGAUAUCUAUGAGCCUUUCGAAGCUAACUUGGAAUUCACCGUCAAUGAAUAUGAUGAAUCCGAACAAAUGUCAUAUGUAGUUGAAACAGUGAAUAAGAUGUACGAAUUUAAGAAGUGGGACAAACACCAUAAAGGAUGGACGCGAUAUGUUGGGUUAUUUACAUAUCGCCCACUCUAUGGAGAUUAUUAUAUCUUCAAUUUUACACUCAAUAACUUGACACAAAGUGUGAAGUCUCUUCAAUUCAAAGUUCAGUACACAGAUGCGGUGCGUGCGCUCAGUGAAUGUGACUUACGACUAGCUUUUGGAAUCAUUUCUUGUUUCUUGGCGAUGGUCUUCAUGUUCGUGUUAAGAGGAACUUUAUUUAUAUCGUGGCAUUUAAGCCAAAGACUUACUUUUGGGAUGUUAGUUAUCACGGGAGUCUGCAUUAAUCCCACAUUAGGGUUUGAGUAUUUAGUACCAACAGUGAUCGCUCCGUUUUAUUUCUAUCUUGUCUAUUGUAUAUAUGUCACUUGUUUUUUACUCUACUUAUUCAUACUGUUUGACUGUAUAGUCGGCGAGACUAUAAGGUGGAAGACGAUCACUGAAACAGUCAUAUCAGUGUGUGUUGGAGCUAUCUUGUGUAUGCAACGGGUAUCACGAACGGCAACAAAAGACGUCGACUUGACAACAGACUUCCAAGUACAAUUUCAUAUUGCUGAUUUGUUUUUGGUGCUUGAGGUUUUAUCGGUAGGGUUAUAUGUCUUAUUGUUUUUACUUGAUUUGGUCUACUUCUUCGUUGUGAAUAAAGCCUCUAAGAACUUAAGAAGAGACUUCUAUUUUGGAAUGGUCUUAUUCUCAAUGGCUUUGUUAUUCAUUAUAUCUUCUGUCAUUGGUCUUAUAGUCGAUUCCAAUUUCAAUAUAGUUUCUUUGUUUGUUGGCACUGUAUCACAAAGUGCUAUAACCAUUUAUGUGUGUGGUAUCUUUGUUUUAUCGCCACCAAGUGUAGAUACACACCCCCUCCCUCCUCGAGUACCCGACACUUACUCUGAAUUGGACUCAAAACUGCAUUCUGAAAAUUCAACCAUCGAACUCACUCAACAAAGUGGCACUCAUAUUGAAGAUGACUCUCCAAUUCAAUUGUAA